AUGAAAGCAUUUGAUGAAUUCAUCGAUCAAGUAUUUCUUCCAGCAGGGAAGGGCGACGCAGAUGUAUCUAUCUUCUCCUGCGGACACGUCAUUGAUACUACCAGUCAAUUGACGAUUUACACGACUUCAGAAUCACCUGACAAUAUCACGAAUCGAAAAGGACCCCGGCUUAUUAGUGAAUGCGGUGAAUUCUUGAUAGCAAUUUGUAAACUUAUUCCAGGUACUGUACUCAUGCACAUGUGUGUGGUAGCAGUAUUUUUCCCUUCCUUUGAAUAUCUCACGAUGGUAUGGAAUCAUUGGAGAACCACUGGUCUAUUUGCGCGUUUACCAGCAGUGAAAGCGCUGUUCAAGGAACCACGUACUGCUACUGCUCUGGCGGAGAUAAUGCAGGCCUACACGAAGGCGGUUUCUGAAAAGUGGGGGGCUUGUAUUGUCUGA